AUGCGGCUCACGCAAUUCCGCGCCAUCCUGACUAUAUCGUCUUCUCGCCAACUGAACCACAGCCUCGACCCGUGCGGGGACUUCAGCGCCUACGUGUGCUCCGCCUGGUCGCCGCCGCAGGGUUACCUGGAGCACUCCAACUCGGCUAUGAACGACGUGCGAAAAUUGCGGUUUCCCGCGUUCAGCGACAUGUUGUCACUUGGCUCGAAAACAAUCAGGGUCGGCCUGAAACCCCUAGCCAUGUACUCAUCUUGCAUGGCUGACCACUCAGUAUACGGCUCCAACGUGAAGAUAUUUUGGGAAAUGCUCAAGGAAUGCAGGCUCACUUGGCCAGAGGAACCAGAGUCACUCAACAACACUGCAUUAGGCGUACUAAAGACGCUGGCGUUCAAGUGGCAGUUUCCACUCUUCUUUCAUGUGAGAGCUCUGCGCUUGAAGUCAGCGCCAAACUGGCGCUUCAACAUGAAUCCUGGAUCCCUUAUACAUCUGAUGUAUCAACACCACGUAACUGUCAAGAAUUCGGGAGGAUACGAGAAGUACUGGGCAACGUUCUACUACAUCUUGAGCGGCAGGUACAACGAGUCAGCAGUGAACAAAACAAUCAUCGCCAAAACAAAAGCGAUAGAAGGCGACGUCUUCAAACGGCUCCUGGCGGCCAUGCGUUCCCCGGUAAUCAACCCGGUGCUCAUGCCUAUCUCAGAGACUGGACUCUUCACUACGUCGCUGAGCUCCGAGCAGUGGUUACGUGCAUUCAAAGAGACAAAGCUUGGUCCUGAGGUAGAACUGAAAGAUGAGGUCUUUUUUGGCGACGCGGGAUUCUUUCUUGAGUUGGCGGUUGUGAUGAAUUCGUACCAAGACGCCGAGCUGCUCUCCUUGAUCGCCUGGUCAUUCGUGCAGCUCAUGUCACCGGCGGUGGACUACCGGCUCGUAGAGAAUCGGUACGAGCAAGGCAUCACAAUCUACCGGCCCUAUUUCUGCGAACGGCUCGUUGAAACUACCUACCAGUUUCUGGUGGUCGCGCUCCACUCGGCAUCACGGUUUUCGCCGCAAGAGCGCGCAUUUGUAAUCAAUGGGUUUGACUGCCUCGUCUCAGCCGCCGUCGACAGGUUGAACGCGUCGGAAUGGCUCGAUGUCGAGAGCAGAAAACUCGCCUCCGCGAAGUUGUCUUCGGCGCGCCUUCAAUUGUGGCCUCCGGAGAAGUACAUUGAUAGCUUUAUACUCGGAAAUAUGUACGCAGCCUUCCCUAGUUUUGAAGAUUCAUUUGCUGGUUACUGGGCCAAGUCGAUGCACAGCGCCGCGGAAGCAUAUCAGCCGCGUUCCAACAUGGACCUUCAAAGCUACAUGCUUAAUUAUGCACUGCCGUACUUCUUAUACGACGCCUCAAGCAACACCGUCAAGGUGGCUGUGGGUGCAGUAACUGCGCCUCUCUACUAUCUCAGCGGCACCAAGGCCAUGUUCUAUGGUGGACUAGGAUUCUCUAUAGCGCUCCAACUGGUAUCGUCGCUGGGCAGCCAGGGACUGAGAUGGCAUCCUGAUGGCACGUUCGGCGGUUCUUUUCUACCAAACACUUCAGCACGGGCCUUUGAAAUGCGAGACACAUGCCGGAGCGCCGCUCAAAAUGGCUCCAACGGAAGCGCACAGACCAACCUGACUGCAUUGGGAAGACGUAAGAGCGUCUUUCCCGAGAUUCCCGCACUAGAGCUGGCCUACAUAGCGUACCAGCGUGCGGUCAGCGACGGCAGCGACAGUAGUCCGCAAGGCAUUCCUGGAGCCUUCUCGGGCGACAAGGUGUUUUUCAUCACACUGUGCUAUAUGAUGUGCACACUCCCGGAUGAAAUGGGCUCUUACACAGCAGACUGCAACAAGGCGAUGCGCAAUUUCGAGGCCUUCGCCCGGGCGUUCCACUGUCCCGUGGGGUCGCAGAUGAACCCGAGACAGAAAUGCGCAUUCUUCGGUUGA